GGGGACAGGAACUAAAAGGACAGUGCCAGAGAGGCACUGUGAGUCUAGGGUCCGGGACAAGAAGCUGUCUCAGCUCUGAAUGGACAUCUCAUCUGCUGUGGGGAUGGAACUGCAGGAUCCAAAGAUGAAUGGAGGAGCCCUCCCUGCCGAUGCUGUGGGCCCCAGUCAGGAACAUGAGGACUUUCUGCCCAGCGAUGAUCCUGUCCCUGAGAGGAAGCCGGUCCAAUUCAUGGAUUUUGAGGGGAACACAUCAUUCGGGAUGUCAGUGUUCAAUCUCAGCAAUGCCAUCAUGGGCAGCGGCAUCCUGGGGCUGGCCUAUGCCAUGUCCCACACAGGCGUCAUCUUCUUCCUAGCCCUGCUGCUGUGCAUUGCCCUUCUGUCUUCAUACUCCAUCCACCUCCUGCUGACCUGCGCCGGUGUUGUAGGCAUCCGAGCCUAUGAGCAGCUGGGACAGAGGGCAUUCGGGCCUGCAGGGAAGGUAGUGGUGGCCGCCGUCAUCUGUCUGCACAAUGUUGGGGCCAUGUCCAGUUACCUGUUCAUCAUCAAAUCCGAACUCCCCCUGGUUAUUGGCUCCUUCCUGCCCAUGAGCCCUGAGGGGGACUGGUACUUGAAGGGCAACUUUCUCAUCAUCAUUGUCAGUGUGAUAAUCAUCCUGCCCCUGGCCCUCAUGAAACACUUGGGUUAUCUGGGAUAUACCAGUGGUCUCUCUCUGACCUGUAUGCUGUUUUUUCUUGUUUCGGUCAUCUAUAAGAAAUUCCAGAUUGGCUGUGCCAUAGGCCGCAAUGAGACAGCAGUGACGAGUGAAGACUCCCCAGACGUCCCCAAGCAGGGAUUCAACACCAGCUGUGAGGCCCACAUGUUCACAGUUGACUCUCAGAUGUCCUACACGAUUCCCAUCAUGGCUUUCGCCUUUGUCUGCCACCCUGAGGUGCUGCCCAUCUACACGGAACUCUGCCGGCCCACCCAGCGCAGGAUGCAAGCCGUGGCCAAUGUGUCCAUUGGGGCCAUGUUUUUCAUGUAUGCACUCACAGCGACCUUUGGAUACCUCACCUUCUACAGCAGCGUGGAGGCAGAGUUGCUACACAUGUACAGCCAGAGGGACCUGCUCAUCCUCUGCGUGCGCCUGGCUGUGCUGGUUGCUGUGACCCUCACCGUGCCAGUUGUUCUGUUCCCUAUCCGCCGGGCCCUGCAGCAGCUGCUCUUCCCAAGCAAAGCCUUCAGCUGGUUACGGCAUGUGGCCAUAGCUCUGAUCCUGCUGGUGUUGGUCAACGUCCUUGUCAUCUGUGUGCCAACCAUCCGGGAUAUCUUUGGAGUUAUUGGGUCAACCUCAGCUCCCAGCCUCAUCUUCAUCCUUCCCAGCAUUUUCUACCUCCGCAUUGUACCCUCUGACACGGAGCCCCUCUUCUCCUGGCCCAAGAUCCAAGCUCUGUGCUUUGGCAUCCUGGGGGUCCUCUUCAUGGCCAUCAGUCUAGGCUUUAUGUUUACCAACUGGGCGACAGGCCACAACCACAUGUCUGGACACUGACCAUGCAUGGCUUGGGUCCCUGUGCACGUGUGCAAGUGUAUGUGGUGGGGCGGGGGUACUCUCCAGGGACCCUCCAGCCUGGUAUGUAGAGGUGGCUGGUUCCCAUUAGUGUGGCUGUCUGAGGUGAGAGACAGCAGAGGUGUCCCUCCUCCCCAAGGAGCUGAGCUUGGAUCACGGCUCUAACCCCACCCCGAUCCCUAACCUCACAGGGGGAGAGAAGGCUGGGUCCUUGGGAAGCCCAAGCCCAGUCCUCUCCACCUCCUCUUGUCUAAAGCUUUUCAUCAGGAUUAACCUCGGGCUAAAGAGGAGAAUAAAGAUGCUGAA